CCCAACUCAAAAGGGACGAAACUCUACUCUUUUCCGAGUUCCAAAACCCUCUCUUCGAAUAGAUCGAAUCCUCUCUCUCUCUCUCUAGGGUUCUUGCUCUCUAAUGGCGUUUGUUGGGGACGAAGCCUCCGCCCUCGACCUCAUCCGAGAGCACCUCCUCGGCGACUCCUCCUCGUCCCUCGACGUCCUCCUCGCCCAGUUCGACCCCCUCGCCGCAGCCGCGGCCCCUCCUCCUCAGCAUCCUCAGCCGCGGCGCUCCGCAUACCUCGACCUCACCAAACCCUACCGGAUCGGCCCCGAACCCUCCGUCUCCAUGAUCCGCUUCGGCGGCGACGACCACUCCCCUUCCUCCUCCUCAUCCUCCGAUCGCCGCCGCUCCCUCACCAUCUCCCUCCCCCCGAUCCACAGCAUCGACUGGAGCCCCCCUCCUCCUCCUCCUCCCCCCUCCGCCGCGGCGGAGAGGGACGACGGGCGGAGGUACCGCGGCGUGCGGCAGCGGCCGUGGGGCAAGUUCGCGGCGGAGAUCCGCGACCCGAACCGGCGCGGGUCUAGGGUUUGGCUGGGCACCUUCGACACCGCCGUCGAGGCCGCCCGCGCCUACGACCGCGCCGCCUUCAAGAUGCGCGGCUGCAAGGCCAUCCUCAACUUCCCCAACGAGAUCGGCACCUCCUCCGCCCCCUCCCUCCCCCUCCCCCUCCCCCCUCCUCCUCCUCCUCCUCCGCAACAUAAGCGGAAGCGCGACGACGACGACGACGACGACGAGGUGGAGGUGGAGGUGGUGGAGGUGCGGCCGAUCAAGAAGGAGCGGUCGCCGGAGACGGAGGAGGAAGGAGGGGCCCUGCAGCCGAAUAUUCCGUUACUCGGCCCGCUAACGCCGUCGAACUGGACGAGCGUCUGGGACUGGGACGCCCCGGACGUCAAAAGUGCAUUCAACCUGCCGCCGCUCUCGCCGUUGUCUCCCCAUCCGUCGCUCGGGUUCCCGCAGCUCACCGUCAUCUGAUCGAUCAUCCACGACGCUCCCAAACUUUUACAACCUUACAAGCAACGAAAAAGUUUGUAACAUAUAUAAAAGAGGAAGAUGAAUUUGUAGUCGUAGGCAUAUAUCUAUACAUAUAUGCAAUAUGGACAAGAUGAGAUUCGUUCGUUCUUUUCCAUAUAAUACAACUA